AUGUCAAACUUGAGGAGGGUGUUGGAGAGGCAAGAGAGAGAAGAGGAAGAAAUCCGGCGGAGACGUGCUGAGGAAGAUCAGGAGGCCGAUGAAGAAGAGGACGAAAUGCUUGUAGCCUUCGCUAUGCUUAAUGAAUCAAGGCAACACCACCGUCGUCGUGCCCAUAAUGUGGAUAGACGCAGGCAAUCUCGGGGUAAGAAUCUCAUGGAAGAUUACUUUAUCCCAAAUUCCUUAUAUCCUGUUUCUAAGUUUCGAGAGAGAUAUAGAAUGCAGCCACAUUUGUUCCAAAAAAUCAUGCAUGAUAUUUGUAAUUACGACACAUACUUCAUUCAAAAGAAUGAUGCUUGUGGAGUUUUGGGUCUUCUCCCGGAGCAAAAACUUACAGCUGCUUUGCGGAUGCUUGCUUAUGGGGCAUCUGCAGAGCAGGUGGAUGAGAUUGCAAGGAUGGGAAAAUCAACUAUCCUAGAGUGCUUGGUGAGAUUUUGUGAUGCAGUAGAAAAUCUCUACACAAGGGAGUACCUUCGCAGACCUUCUCCAAGGGACCUCCAAAGGCUUCUACAAAAAGCUGAGACUCGAGGUUUCCCAGGAAUGAUUGGAAGCAUCGAUUGCAUGCAUUGGCAGUGGAAGAAUUGCCCAACAGCUUGGCAAGGAGAUUAUGGGAAUCGAAAGGGCCAAAAAAGUAUAAUUCUGGAGGCCGUAGCUUCAUUCGACACUUGGGUUUGGCAUGCCUUCUUCGGAGUGGCCGGAUCUCAAAAUGACCUCAAUGUGCUUGGUCAAUCUCCAGUGUUUAAUGAUGUAUUGCGAGGUCAUUCUCCCCAGAUCACGUACCAAAUCAACAACACUGUAUACUCUGGUGCGUACUACCUUGCCGACGGAAUUUAUCCUAGGUGGACGACAUUCGUGAAAACAAUUCCGAAUCCUCAAUCCCAGAAGGAAAAAAGCUUUGCUGCCUUUCAAGAAGGUUACCGGAAAGACGUGGAAAUGUGUUUCGGUAUCUUGCAAGCUCGUUGGGCUAUUAUUAGGGCCGCUGCUCGGAUGUAUGAUGAAGAGGAUGAGUAUGAUUAUGAAGCUCCAGAGGAGCACGAACCGGAUCCCAUAAACACGGCCUUGACAAGAAUUUAUGAAAGGCCGAUGGGACCAAAUGGACAUCUAUUGGAGCACGAACCGUUAGUUCGAGAUGGUCGAUUCAACAACCCCAUGAUUGAUCGUUACCAAGCAAUGCAAUCUUCGUAUGUUCAUGAGAGGCGUCAUAUUGACUUGAUCGAGCACUUGUGGGAGAUGAAAGGCAAUCACAAUGGAUGA